GGUCUGUGACGCUCUCAAGCUAGGCAAGAUCAAAAACCCGGACAUUUGAAGGACUUUAUAAACGCCGACCGGACAGGCCGGACAGCCUCUCAAAAGAGGACAUGUCCGGGCAAAAGAGGACGUAUGGUCACUAGAUUUUUUCUCGACAAAUUAAGUACGCAAUGAUACAUAUUGUGUGUGCUUUGUAUGUUUCUGAUACAACUGGAGAUAAAAGUGGUCAGGAGGCAUAUAAGGACAGGAAGGGGCUGAACUUCUGUCUCUCAUCUAAAAGUGAACGGACUUUGGCACACGUGAGUUAAGUAAGAGUGUACAUGGGGCAUCAAAACACUGGAGCCAGAGAAGCCGGACAGAAAGCCAGCAGCAAUCAGAAUGUCGUCUGACCAAGACAAGCUGGAUGCAUUCGUUCGACCAGAGCUGGUUGAUUUCAAAGGAAUCUCAAUGACCAGAGUUUUCACUAUCAACUGGGAGAAUGUUGAGAACUUCCGGGCUAGGCCGGAUGAUAUACUUAUUGCAACAUAUGCCAAAGCAGGGACCACGUGGGUCUCCCAGAUUCUUGACCUGCUGUAUUUUGGUCAGACAGAGCGCCAGAAAACCCUGCCUGUCCAUGAGAGAGUGCCUUUCUUGGAGGUUUGCCUCCCACCUAACAUGUCAGGAACAGAGCAGGCGGACAAUCUUCCCACCUCUCCUCGACUCAUUAAAACCCAUUUGCCAUACCAGUUAGUGCCGAAGUCCUUCUGGGAGCAAAACUGCCGGGUUGUCUAUGUAGCCCGCAACGCAAAAGACAACAUGGUGUCUUAUUACCACUUUAAUCGCAUGAGCUAUGGUCAGCCAGCGCCUGGAGACUGGAACACCUUCUUCCAGAAUUUCAUGAAAGGAAAGAUGGUGUUUGGACCCUGGUACGACCAUGUGAAUGGCUGGUGGAAGAAGAAGCAGACUUAUCCAAAAAUUCAUUACAUGUUCUACGAAGAUAUGAUUGAGGACACUGGACGGGAAAUCGACAAACUCUGCUCCUUUCUUGGUUUGUCUCCUUCAGCUGAAGAGAAGAGAAUGAUAUUAGGUGGAACGGCGUUCGAUAACAUGAAAAAGAAUGACAUGGCCAACUAUUCCACUUUCCCACUGAUGGAUUUCAAAAUUUCUCCCUUCAUGAGAAAAGGGAAGGUUGGUGACUGGAAGAACCACUUCACCGUGGCCCAGAAUGAAGAGUUUGAUGAAGACUACAAACAAAAGAUGAAGGAUCCCACCCUUCAGUUCCGUACUACAAUCUGAACAGGACCAGACACACUGAGUUUAUGUAAAGACGGGUUCAUGACUGACCAGAUGUGGGAUUGCUAGAGAGUAGUAGAGGUGCUCAAUGAUUUUUUUUUGUGUGUGUGUGUUUUUGUCUAUGCAAUGCUCUCCUGACAGCUAACAGAGGGUGCACGGUCCUCCCUCAACAUUCAGUAGGCCACAGGUGCAGCUUGAGCGAGAGUGAUUUUUUUUUUUUUAAAAAGGAGGCGUGUGGAAGUUAACCACAAUUAGAUCACACCCUCAGAGAUGAAUAAAUUCAAACAAAAUGGUGGCAGAAAUGCCUGGAUUGGUCAUUGUAAGAAGUAUGGGUUGUGCUUUUCCUGGAGGAGGAGAGUUGGAGAAGUUGCAAAAUAUGUAAGAACUUGUAACUCAUUGUUUAAACAAAAUAAAAUCUCAAGACCUUU